AUGGAAAGCCUCGAAGAAAGACAAAGCAACAACGGCGCUGAAGACAAAAUAACGACCUUUGCGUCGCCUACUGUUUUGGCCGCCAUAUUGGAUGAAGAACCGUCGGAUGAAGAUGUUAUUCGUAGCAUGGUCGCGUCCAGUGGUCAGGAAGAACAGACGGAAAGGGUCACUGAUAGUUUGGAGUCUUCAUUAAACGAUUCCCUCGAGUUCUCAAAGCCUGGAGAAUUAAACGAACCCAAACGAGUUGAAUCCACCAAGAUGAAAAUCGAGCCUUCGCAGGUAGAGACUUCGGAAGACAUUUCGGAUAUUCACAAGAGUUCUACUCCGCUACUAAAUGACAACAUGAAACACAGCAAAAAAGUCGGAAAGCCUAAACCGCGAAAGCCACAGCACAUUAUAGAAAGAAACAAAGAGAGGGUUGGGAGGAAGGUUCCCGAGAGGACUGGCUAUGCUCAAGUUCACGGAAUGAGGACGAUAAAAAAGGUCGAAAAAAUCAAAGAAAAAACUAGAAACCAAACCGAAGAAGCUGCUGCGAAUGUACCUGGCUCAGGCUUAGAGAGUCAGUCACAGCAUUCUCACAAAAUCAGUGAUGAUUUUAAUAGCCAAAACUCUGUAAGUCCAGUUCACUAUGAUAAUGAUCAAAACUUACUAGGAGACAGCUCUCUAGAGAAGUCACUUGACACAUAUCACAGUCAUUCACAUGGUCCUUACUACGAUGUCAGCCAAGACUUUGGCUCAUACUAUAAUCCUUUAGAAUCAAAUUAUUCAGAUCUAGUUGGUUAUAGCAGAGGAUACCAAAGUGCUGCAGCAAACUCAAGACAGAGGCAUUCAAUGGCUGGGUCUUUUCAACCAACACAUUAUAACUCUCUCUCCACCCAGUCUGCACCCCCAGGUGUUUACGGUUACCAGCGUACACCUCUCAUCUCCAGUGUACAUAAUUUGCACGAAGAAGAUUAUAAUUCAUCAUCAGCCUUAUCUGACACUGAUUUUCAAAAUUUACAAAAAGCAAACAAAUUCCCAGAAUCCAGUUUACACAGGAAAUUUUCCUCAGAACCGUACUUAGCAAAUCCAAGUUCUUUAUCAUUACAUGGGAUGGCAGAUGCUGACAGAAGCAGUAAAGCAUCAGGAAGUUAUUCCAGCUUAAGACAACCAUUGUUUCAGUACAAACCAUACAGCUUAAAGGACUACAGAAAUUUUGUUGGCUCUGAGGUUGAGCGGCCUGCUGGUGGCUUAGGACCAAACAAUGACACUGAUGACUUUAAAGAGAAGGUAAAGAUUGUUUUUUUUUUUUAAUUGAAGCAUUCAGGGUCAUCAAUACAGGCUGACAAACAGUGCAUUCUGUUGUCUAUUCUGAAAGCGUGUGGGUCAAUUUUCAGCAAGAGAGCAUGACAUUAUGCAGCCUACAUGUUUUUUUUUUAUCACAGUCAGCUAACUCAAAACCUUUUUAACAAUCUUGCACAGUUAAAAAUUACCAGUCCAUUUGCUGGAGUCAAUGGUUUGAGCUUUUAUGGUCUGCAAGUUGCUUUUGGCAAGAGGUAUAUUUGCUGGUUCAUGUACAAACCCAGGCAGGGUUUGCAUCAUUUAUUUGGGGAUUAUGACCACAUGUAAAACAUGCAUUAUGGGUACACUCUAAUCUAAUUAGCAAAUAGAUUCCAUGUUGCCCUGGAUCUGUUCAGCAACAUAUGUACAGCUGUAGAUCACAAAUGAUGUCAAAAUGCAGUAAGAACGAAAUAGUGGCACACAAGGCCCGUCAUAGUGCAUGACUGAUGUUCUCACCACAUUUUGAGGUCACAGUCACACUGUACACACUGGGAGAUGCAGCAGACUUAUGGUUGGUACACUGGACUCUUCAUCAAAAAUUCAGGUUCAGGACUUGGUCAGGGUUAACCCAUUACACCCUGACAUCAGUGUAGAUUUUCUCCAUAAUGUUCUCAAUAAAUUUCCUAUGGUACUGACAAGGAGAAUUUGUUUAACAAUCAAGAGCUUCUUUAGUUGGUGAUCAUUUCCUUUAUUCUCAUAACCUCAAAGUUUGUUUUAGGGGUGAUACUGAUAUGAGAAAUUAGUUGCUAAUCACUCUCAGGGGUUAAAGGGUUUGAAUGCAUUUUGUUCAUGGGCUUGUCAUUCUACUCUCACAAUGCCUCUUGUCACCCAGGAAUAUAAAUGGGUAUUGGCAAAUUAUCAGGGAAGCUUCAUGAAAUGCUGAAGGCUCCCUCAAAACGGACUGGCAUCCUCUCAGGGAUCCUAUCAUACUGCUGGUGACUUCAUACUAGGCAAACUGGGAUAAUCUCUGGUUGCAUGGGCCUCUUGACUUGAGUACAGACUUAACAUACCUUUAACAGAGUAUGAAAUAAUGUACUUUGCAAAAAUUGCCACAACUGUCCUUAAAAAUUUUUAGAUGAGAAAAGUCAGUAAGCAAAGAGAGUAUGCAGCAAUGUUGAGGGCCCAGCACUCAACCAUGAAGAAACAGCAGGAGAAAAAAGGAUCAAUUCAACAGCCAGUUAAACCUAAACAUAUUAAGGAGGCGGAGGCAAAACGGCAAGCUGUAAGUAGUACAUUUCCAUCGAUGGGGUACUUGAGGUCAGGAGUAAUCUUAACACAUAAUACUCAUGCAAGAAUUGAAUUAGCCUUAGAACAGGCAUUCACUUGCAAGGCAGCCCCAAUGACAAAACCCUCAAAAUUCAAGGUAGCAAUCAUGAGAGAGGCCUGGUCAUACCAGAUCUCUCAGAAACCUCACUUAUUGGUUAGAAAAGCCCACUGACCCUGCUCAAUGGCUAGAAUUGCACUCUCUUUAAAACUGCUCACUUUGUCUUUCAGGCUUUGACCUAUGCCAAGAAUGUCCCUAAACCAAAGCAGAUGGUAAGCAGGAGGAGAGGUAGUCCAGGAUUGAGUGACACUCAAGCUGAUGAUGACCAGGAAAUUACAAUACUUGAAAUAUUGAGACUGAGACAUGAAAAAGAGAAAAAAGAAGUUGACACUAUAAGGAAAGAUCUGGCUUCAAAAAUACGACUCUAAUGCAUACACUACCUGUAAAUGUUUGUAGGUUGAAGUAAUAUCUGUAUUGGGUGGGUGGGGUGUUUGUGGCACUGGAAAACAUCCUAAGGUAUCAUUAGAAAGACAGAGCUGUAAGGAAGAGAGAUAUGGAGAUAGAUUAGAAACUGCUGUGCUAGAGAAACAGUGGAAGCUCUACCAAUGCAGGCCAUGUGACUAUACCCCAAAAUAGACAAAAAAUGUUGGCAGUAUCUAUGAGGUAACACGCACCUUUCAAUGUGGCAUUGUGCCUAAAAGUUUUUCUAGUUUCCAAAAUUAAAAAAUACAUCCAUAAGGGAAAGCAUCUAGUUUAACAAUCAUAUUUGUGUGGUGUGAGGUUCUGAAAGGUCUCUUUUGAGCUUAAAAUUCAUAAAUGGUGGUUCAACCAAAUAUUACAAACAUUUUGAUGGCCCUUUGACUGACAUAACAUGCUAAGGUAGUCUUGAAUAUUGUUCAAAACCGCAGAGACAGACAUGAAGAUUGAAAAAGAUACAAGUGAUUAUGCAUUUAGUUAAAUGACAUAUUUUUUUAUCAAUAAUAUAUUUCAGUAUGUCCUCUAUCCAGUAUAAUCAGUAACCAGAUAAAAAAAAUUUACAAAUUUGACAAACAAGUCAAUGCUCUGCAAACCAACUAACUUAUUUUGUUAUUAAUUUAUUUACUUU